CAAGCUGACGCGCGCUUUUCCAAUUUUGAAUUAUUAUUAGUGUUGCUAUUCAUACAAAGCUGGCAGACUUGUAAAGCGCCGCAUGUGCGCUAAAAGGAGAGGUGCGGUGCACUGACCUUCGCCGGUGGAGAGCGCUCUCUUUCUUGUGUCUAUUGAAGAGGCCGUCGCUAGACGAUGGAGAUCGGCGAGCAUUGCAAGCUCGAAUCCUGCCAUCGGCUCACAUUCUUGCCCGUCAAGUGCGCCUACUGUCGAGAUCUGUACUGCCAGUCUCAUUUCCUGCCUUCACAGCAUGACUGCAGGGCGCCUGGAGCCGCCGAGGCCGAUCGGAUGCUGACCGACACCGAGCUCCUCAAGCGGGUCCAGCGCGUCAAUGCUCGAAGGACAGAGCUUCAGGCGGGUGGGACCUCGUCUUCUUCAGGCGCGACACAAUCUCAGGAAGAGGUCGAAGCAGAAGGACCGUCAAGACUGCCUUGCCAAAAGGCGGGCUGCAAGCGUUUCAGCCUCCAGCUCGACGGGGUGCCGGCACCGCCAAGUAGCAGCAAGACGCCAGUGGGCGUCAGUGUUAGCGACGGAAGGCAUGAGGCGAGAUCAGUGACGCAUGCGGCCCCCAGAUGCGAUCGUUGCAGGGGCAUCUUUUGUGUUGGCCACCGUUCGCCACUGUCGCACGGCUGCACAGCCCCUGCCCCUGCAACGCAAGGCGACCUGAGGAAGAAACAGGCAGACGAGAGGAAGAAAAAGGCCCAAGAGGUUCUUAGCAAGCAUUUUCCGAACAGGCCCAAGAAAUAGAGUCACCUCAUUGUAAAGUAACGCCAUCAUCUUUAGCAUCCUGUCCAACUACUACACGCCUAUGAUGAGAUUCAUCAUCUGAUCAGCCCAUUCACACUAUUCUCUCUGGAACGUCGGUUGGGCCUCUUUCCGCGGCUAGUCCUCGAACUUUUAUUCCGGUCCAUUUUAUUUCUGGCGCGCGCUAUCAAUCGUUUGCAGUAGUCGAACGAACUUCCU